CGCGGGUGAGGGGACCGGUCGCCGCGGCGAGAGCGCGCGCAGCCCCGCCGCGAUGCCCCCGCGCCCAGGACGCCUCCUCCCGCCGCUGACCCGGCUGCCCGGCCUGGCCGCGCUGCUGCUGCUGCUGGGCAAUGGCGGCGGCGGGCGCUGGGGCGCCCGGGCCCAGGAGCCGGCGGCGGACAGGCCCCCCGCGGCCGACGGCGGGGACGGGCAGGACCCGCACGCCAAGCACCUGUACACGGCCGACAUGUUCACGCACGGGAUCCAGAGCGCCGCGCACUUCGUCAUGUUCUUCGCGCCCUGGUGUGGACACUGCCAGCGGCUGCAGCCAACCUGGAAUGACCUGGGAGACAAGUACAACAGCAUGGAGGACGCCAAGGUCUACGUGGCCAAAGUGGACUGCACAGCGGACUCAGAGGUGUGCUCCGCCCAGGGUGUGCGAGGAUACCCCACCCUGAAGUUUUUUAAGCCUGGCCAAGAAGCAGUGAAGUACCAGGGCCCUCGGGACUUCCAGACACUGGAGAACUGGAUGUUGCAGACGCUGAACGAGGAGCCGUCUACACCAGAGCCAGAGCCAGAGCCAGAGCCAGAGCCCCAGCCCCAGCCCCCCAGGGCCCCGGAGCUCAAGCAGGGUCUCUACGAGCUCUCAGCGAGCAACUUCGAGCUGCACGUUGCACAGGGCGACCACUUUAUCAAGUUCUUCGCUCCAUGGUGUGGCCACUGCAAAGCUCUGGCUCCGACCUGGGAGCAGCUGGCUCUGGGCCUUGAACAUUCCGAAACUGUCAAGAUUGGCAAGGUUGAUUGUACACAGCACUAUGGACUCUGCUCAGAAAACCAGGUCCGAGGCUAUCCAACUCUUCUCUGGUUCCGAGAUGGUAAGAAGGUGGAUCAGUACAAGGGAAAGCGGGACUUGGAGUCACUGAGAGACUACGUGGAGUCGCAGCUGCAGGGCCCAGAGACGGGAACCCCAGAGACUGUGGAACCCUCAGCGGCCCCGGCGAUGGCUGCGGAGCCCACAGGCGACAAGGUCGGUGUGUUGGCACUCACCGAAAAGAACUUUGAUGACACCAUUUCAGAAGGAAUAACCUUCGUCAAGUUUUAUGCUCCGUGGUGUGGUCAUUGUAAGAAUCUGGCUCCCACGUGGGAGGAGCUCGCUCAGAAGGAAUUCCCAGGUCUGACCGAGGUCAAGAUCGCUGAGGUCGACUGCACAGCCGAGCGGAACAUCUGCAGCAAGUACUCGGUACGAGGCUAUCCCACAUUGUUGCUUUUCCGAGGAGGCAAAAAAAUCAGUGAGCACAGUGGAGGUAGAGACCUCGAGUCCUUACACCACUUUGUGCUGCGCCAGGCAAAAGACGAAUUGUAGAACCCACUUGGAAGUCACCUGUCCUGCCUGGCCGCCCAUACCCGGUGUACAGGAGUCACAUUGUACGGACGUCCAGGGUUCAAGCGGUGUUUAUUCAGAAAGCAGAAUGUAUGAAACUUGUGGUACCUUCUUCAUGUGUUUUUUAAGCCAACAUGCUCUAUGGAUUCUUUAUUAAGUUCCUCUAAGCAAAUGUGUAACUCAUGGUCACUGUGCAAAUGAAAUAUUUUCAGUGGUGAUCCAUCCCCUCUAACCUUUUCUUGACAAAAUUAAAUGGUUUCCUUUGAGACUAAAAUAGUCAAGGAAAAUCAAAUUACUGGACUAUUUUGGGCUCCCAAGUGAUUUUUGACAAAAGCAUCAUCCAAAAGCCUAGUUCUUUGCACUGCCCCCGAGUUCUGGAAAGGUGGCCUUGUGGCAGAAUUGACUGGAAGGUCACAACUGAUUUGUUAAUCAUGUGACUGGUUUGUAGCUUGGAGCAGAUUUCAGAACAACCCCUUCCCCUGGGAAGAGACCUCCAUGGCCUCUGCUGAGUCUUGUUCUGUCGGUCCUUCUCUCAUGGACAGAGGCCCUCCCAUACUGACUGCAGUGGUACCGUGGGUACACCCCAGCAGCUGUGCCGAGGCCGUCAUUUGUACGUGCGUUGACGCUCCUCUGAUCAGUUGUUGUUCACAGGGGACUCCCGUUUGCUUCACACGGACAAAAGGUUUUAUCGGCUCUUGUGAACACAAAGCCCGAGUCCCUGUGAACGUUCAGAUUUGAUGUCUUCCGUACAAAGUGGGGGUGUGGAAAGGUCCACGCGUCUGGUCCUAACUACCCCGUCCACUGGUGGGAGGACUCCGGCUGUGUCCGCCACUUGGGGCGACAGGACCAGAUGGGCUUUCCCAGGCCUGGGAAUCCAGGGAGCAGGGAGGCCCUGGAGCCCCCAGGAGAAAGUUUCCGAUUCCGUUCCUCAGUCGCCCUUCUAGGAACUUGCUGUACUUUGUCUGCCUUCGAGGAGGUCGACUUUCUAACGUAAGAACAGAGGGACCUCAAGACCAAAGACUGACGUCGGCAGGGCUGCGCUGGCCACCUGCCCAGAUGUCAGUGCCAGCAUACCCUCCUCGUGCCGCCACGCUGGUUACUAGGCAUCCUUCCCCUCGCCCUCCGACGUAAGCCCCUGGGGGUGGAGCUCUGUUAAGACACACCUCUCACGAUAACCACCUGGGUCCAGCCCCCUCUCGACCCCCGUGCACAGGGCGUCAUCCCACGUGGCACAGAGCAGCUGGUGGUCGGAAUCUCAGAAGCAAGACCACGUCGACUGAGGCAGACGGUAACAAAGCAGCCUCUCCACCAGCCUCUGCCUCAAAGGAAAUCUUUAUUCAUCAGGUGUGGUUCACAGAUGUCCUUCAAAAAACAAAAACAACUUUCUAGAGAAGCCCAGCCACCAGGAGUGGCUUCAGGUUUGCAUUAUGAGUCUUGUAUUAAAAGAAAAAAAAUCAAAGUGGUACAAUUUGUUUACACUAUACUUUCUAAAUAAACUUUU